AUGGAGAUGGAGCAAAGGUGUCCCAUUGCCAAACCGGACGUGAUCUCGCAGCUGGAACGAGGGGAGGAGCCGUGGGUCCCGGAUCUCCAGGACUCUGAGGAAGGAGAGAUCCCGAGAGGCGCCUGCGCAGGGGAUGCGAUGGUGAGUGAGAAUGAGGAGCAGGAAGAUGGUGAGCACGUGGAAGCACACGGGGGAUUAUCGCAAGGAUCCAAGGGGAAUGUGUCCAGGCGUUGUGUGCAGGGAAAAGCCUCUGAGAGCCAGCAGAGUCCAGAGAGAGACCAGGGAAACCAGCCCAGGGAGAAAGUGGGCAAAUCCAUUAAUUGUCAGCGAAUUCACCAGGACUUCAAGGAAAUCACAGCCCAGCAGAGAACCCUCACAGGAGAGAGAAAAAACACAUGUACUGAGUGUGGGAAACACUUCAUUCUGAACUCCACCCUUAUUAAACAUCAGAGAAUCCACACAGGAGAGCGCCCCUACGAAUGCUGUGAGUGCGGGAAACAGUUCAGUGAGAAAUCAAACCUUAUUAAACAUCAGACAAACCACACCCAAGAGCGACCCUAUGAGUGCCGUGAGUGCGGGAAAAAAUUCACUCGGAGCUCAACCCUUAUCAGACAUCAGAGGAGCCACACAGAAGAGAGACCGUAUGAAUGCAGUGAGUGCGGGAAAAGGUUCACUCGGAACUCAGUCCUUAUUAAUCAUCAGAGAAUCCACACAGGAGAGCGACCCUAUGAAUGCAGUGAGUGCGGGAAAACCUUCCCUCAGAGCUCAAUCCUCUUUAAACAUCAGAAGAUCCACACGGGAGAGCGCCCCUACAAAUGCUGUGAGUGCGGGAAACAGUUCAUUGAGAAAUCAACACUUAUUAAACAUCAGACAAGCCACACGGGAGAAAGACCCUAUGAGUGCCGUGAGUGCGGGAAACAGUUCAGUCAGAAAUCAAGCCUUAUUAAACAUCAGAGAAUGCACACGGGAGAGCGGCCCUAUACAUGCUGUGAGUGUGGGAAAAGCUUCACUCAGAAUUCAGGCCUUCUUAAUCAUCAGAGAAUUCACACAGGAGAGCGACCCUAUACAUGCUCUGAGUGCGGGAAAACAUUCCCUCAGAGCUCAGCCCUUUUUAAACAUCGGAGGAUCCACACAGGAGAGCACCCCUAUGAAUGCUCUGAGUGCGGGAAACAGUUCAGUGAGAAAUCAAAACUUAUUAAACAUCAGACAAGCCACACAGGAGAGAGACCCUAUGAGUGCCGUGAGUGCGGGAAAAGCUUCACUCAGAGUUCAUCCCUUAUUAGACAUCAGAAGAUCCACACGGGAGAGAGACCCUAUGAGUGCUGUGAGUGUGGGAAAAGCUUCACUUUCAAAUACGACCUUAAUAAACAUCAGAGGAUCCAUACAGGAGAGCGCCCCUAUGAAUGCUGCGAGUGCGGGAAACAGUUCACCUGGAGCUCAGGGCUUAUUAUUCAUCAGAGAAUCCACACAGGAGAGCGACCCCAUGAAUGCUGUGAGUGCGGGAAAACCUUCACUCAGAGCUCAGGCCUUAUUACUCAUCAGAGAAUGCACACAGGAGAGCGACCCUAUACAUGCCGUGAGUGUGGGAAAAAAUUCACUCAGAGCUCAGGCCUUAUUAAUCAUCAGAGAAUGCACACAAGGGAGCAACCCUAUAUAUGCUGUGAGUGCGGGAAAACCUUCCCUCAGGACUCAGCCCUUUUUAAACAUCAGAGGAUCCACACAGGAGAGAACCCUAUGAAUGCUGUCACUCUUCUCAGGGGUGAAUCCCGUGGUCCUUUCCACUAA